AUGGUGUCCCUAGUCGCCGACCAGCCUGAUCCGCUAGGCUCUCAAUCGGACAAAGGACUCGAUCAACAACAGCCGCAACAAGUAUCCUAUUCGUCCGAAUCGUCCGGCAUUGCGGUCGCAUCCGAAUCUCCCUCCCAAUACUCCUCCUUCUCGAGCUCCGACAGCGAUGGCCCAACCCCGCACUUCGACAGCUAUGCGAACGAAGAUGAUGCCGACGACGUCGUCGGUGUCAGCAUUGGUCCCACCCAGAGCCGCAUGAAAGCUCGCGCAACACCUGCCGAAGAGAAAAAUCGUAUCUUGGAAUCCCACGGCGGCUAUUUCAACGAGGUCCCGGACGCUGUCGGCGAGGAUGGGCUGUUCGUCUCCGAAAUCACGGCGGAGCCCGAAUCGGUGGAGUCUGACGAUUUGGCGGCCCAACGGGCAGAGGCUAAGCCGGCGACUCAGAGGGCUCUAGGCGUGCUCCCUCAUGCACAAACCUUGCCGGUGGAGCGCCGGACGCCACGCGGUCCCCACACCGGAGGCUCUGCGUCAGCUGCCGCGUUGCAUGAGCCCAAGGAGUCCGGGAUUCAUCGAUCAAGCUUCACCCGGUCGUUGCUGAAAACGUCGCUUCCUCGUCGGCCGCGAGCAUGGUCUGGGGAGCUGAAGAAGUUCUUUCCGGACUUGGGCGCGCUGGCGAAGCGGCCAACGCUGCCUUUCCUAUCUCAUAAUGCCCACAACCGAGCCCGCAGCCAAACCGUAGAAGGCGCGGGAAAACGGAGCUCGACAUUCCUGCAGAAAAGAACUGCUUCGUUGGAUCGGCGUCAUCCCCUUUCGCCUACGUUGCCCAAUGGAGCGGAUCAUGAUUCGGAUGAAGCUGAUGAUGGCCAUCAAGUUCCGGAAUUAAAGUCGGUGGAAGCAAGCUCCGCUGUAAAGCAUUCUUUCGCCCGGCGGCCUAGUGCGACGCCGGGACGACCGCCAAGUCUACGCCGAUCAUCUUCGGAUCAAUCGUUGUACUUGCGUGCAUCGUCCACGGCGUCCUCGUUGGAGCAACGGCCGCGAUAUGAGAAUGUGCAUUCCCAGGUCAAUAGCCGGUUCAAAGCGAUCAAAGAUUCCUUGCAGGAUUCAAGUAGCCGCUUGCUUAGUAUGCCAGGCUUGAAUCUGCAGGACAUUCGUAAUGAUUGGAACUCGAAGCCAUUCUUCCCCGAUUUGGGAAAUUCAUCGGCUUCGGCUGAUAAAGAGGUGACUCGCUCAGUCCAUGCAGCUGCGACGCCGCCACCUCCUCCACGACAACACCCACAGUCUACACAUCCAAUCCUGGAAGAAGCCAUGUCAGAACUGACCGGCGAUAUCGUGAUUUUGGGCGGUUAUAGAGGCUCCAUUUUGCGAUCUGCCAAGCCACCCCAUCGCCAGUUGUGGGUUCCAAUGAAAGUGGGAUUGAAUUUGCGCAAGGUCGAUCUGGAGGUUGGUCUGACUCGGGAAGAUGAAGAGCGCAUGGAAGAGACCAUCAUCCCAUCCGGUGUCCUUUCUCAUGUCGGGCCCGUGGAUGUGUGCCGUCGACUAAUGAAGCGGCUUCGAAAAUGCGAGAACGCUGUCCGCGGUGAUCUUCGCGUCUGGGACUACGGCUAUGACUGGCGUCUAAGCCCAGACCUCCUUUCCAAGAGGUUAAUUGAAUUCCUUGAAGGACUGCCAUCCAACCGCCCGAACGGCGAGACUGGCCAGAGACGCGGCGCCUACGUAGUCGCCCAUAGUCUUGGCGGCCUAAUCACCCGUCAUGCCGUCAAUCAACGACCCGAUCUCUUCGCCGGCGUCUUAUACGCCGGAGUACCCCAGCACUGCGUGAACAUUCUUGGCCCACUCAGAAACGGUGACGACGUCCUUCUCAGCUCCCGCGUCCUAACAGCCCAAGUGAACUUCACCUUCCGUACCAGUUUCGCCCUCUUGCCAGAAAACGGCCGCUGUUUCAUCGACAAGCAAUCCAAAGAAGAAUACAGAGUAGAUUUCUUCGAUCCCGCAAACUGGGAUGAACACCGCCUUUCCCCUUGCAUCCAGCCAUGUCUCCCUCCAAUCACAGCUACUGGCCGCGGCUUCAAAGCCUCCGCUCUAAUCGGAAAGCGAUUCUCCAUGGGCCCGCGCGAGGACGCCGAAACCAACGUCCAAGAUUUUGCCGACUUCCACGACCAAACUACAACAACGGAUGAAGAUAUCUCCGCACGCAACCCACCCCGCUCUGCCCACUCUGCAUCUGAGUCUCCUGCGCGCCCGGUUUCCGAGAAGAUCCAGGAGAACAUUCAACUCCCAGCAGAUGGUAUGAUAGGCCCGGUCUCAAACCCACGAGGUAGUGCCGGGUCAUCCAAAGCCUCGACAACGAGCACUAUUCCCCGCGCUGUGGCCAUGGAGUACCUGAAACGCACUCUUGCGGAGGUCAAGCAGUUCAAGUCGGAGUUGGACUUCCAGCCUGCUCAUCAAAUCGGUAAUAAGUACCCGCCUGCUGCUGUGUUGUAUGGCAAGGGUGUGCCAACCGUAUAUGGAGCCCGGGUUGUCUCGCGCGAGGCGAUCAAGCAUCAGGAUUGUUAUGAUGAUCUGGCCUUUGCGGCUGGUGAUGGUGUCUGCCUGGCUUCUGCUGCGAUGUUGCCGCCCGGAUACCGGAUAAUCAAGGGUGGGCUGGUGAAGAGUGACCGUGGUCAUGUUGGACUACUUGGUGAUCUCGAGGGUGUGGGGCAGUGUCUGAGAGCUAUUGUUCGAGGACGCCGUGAAGGUGUUGGUAUGGGCAGCCAGAAGUGA